AUGCACGAGAAGGACAGCAAGAGCAUGGUCCUGCUGCGCUCAGGUACUCUUGCGGCCUCCGAGACGAGGAGAACGCCAGCGGAGGCCACCCUCGACGGCACGGACCUCCAACCGUGCGUCAGGAAGAGAGCGGAAGGCUUGUGUCUGUGGAGCGCAAAGGUCGUCCUUUUUGAAUGCGAGGCGUUGCUUCUGAAUGGGAGGACGUUGCGUCCGGCUGACAUGCCUUGUCUGUAUGGUCAUCUGGCAGGAUGCAAUGAAGAUGAUCAGAACAAUGGCGGCACAAUGGCGGAAAUACGAGGUGUACGUGCGAGCAGAUGA